AUGUUGAUUACUUCCCCUCGUCCUAGGGCCCAAUUUGACUUAUACGGAUGCAGCACUUCGCACAGCUCCGUCUUCUCAGAAAUAUUUCCGGUGAACUACCCUUUCCAUCGGACAUUGCGCUCUGUACCUCCCUCUGAAGCCCAGGCAUGUUCAGAUGCCCUAUCAGAGCCUUUAUCCACCAAUGAGGUGAACAACAUUCAACCUUACUCGCCUCGUACAUCUCGGAUCAUAUCUGCAUCACUGCAGGGACUCUAUAGCGUCAGUCAUAACUUCCUCACCGCUACUAGUCUCGAGCUAGAAAUAUUCAACUCCGGAAAUUCUGCGCGCGCUUUGAUCGCGUUUUCGCUGUUACGAGGGUUUUACUUUUUCGAGGCGCGAGGACCACCAGUCGAGACCUCGGUUCAGAUGAGCAAUGUCGUUCCGUGUCAGUGGACCGGAGGAACACCGCGCGAAGCUCUGCUCUUUUUUUUCCCUCUCACGACGUUAACACUGCCAACCGUAGCAUACGCCUUCCCAUAA